AUGGAGCUCACCCAGCUGCUUCUCCUCUUCCAUGGUACCCCCAGAGCCCCCAUCUCCCUCUCUCUCUCUCCCUCUUGCUUUCUUUCAUUGACGAGUGUGGCGCAUUUUGCAGCAGCGGCGGUGGCGGCGCUAGUUCUCACCGGCGGCGCAGCGGAGGCGGCGACGAUGGCGAUCUACAACCGGUGCUCGCACCCGGUGUGGCCAGGCAUCCAGCCGAGUGCCGGCAAGCCGAUCCUUGCCCGUGGCGGCUUCGGGCUCCUCCCCAACCAGGCCUACACCCUGCGCCUGCCGGCGGGUUGGUCUGGCCGCCUCUGGGGCCGCCAAGACUGCGCCUUCGAUGGCGCCGGCAGGGGCCGCUGCGCCACCGGCGACUGCGGCGCGGGCCUCUACUGCGAGGGGGCCGGCGGCGCCCCGCCCGCGACGCUGGCGGAGAUCACCCUCGGUGGAGAGCAAGACUUCUACGACGUGAGCCUUGUCGACGGGUACAACCUUGGCAUGGCGCUGGCUCCCGUGCGCGGGCGCGGCGGGCGGUGCGCGGCCGCGGGGUGCGCGAGCGACCUGAACGGCGUGUGCCCGGCAGGGCUGGCGGUGAAGUCCGGCAAGGACGGGCGCGUGGUGGGUUGCAAGAGCGCGUGCUAUGCGUUCCGGUCUGACAGGUUCUGCUGCACGGGGAGCUUCGGCGGGCCGCAGCAGUGCAAGCCGACGGCAUAUUCGAGGCUGUUCAAGGAGGCGUGCCCGCGGGCGUACUCGUACGCGUACGACGACCCAACGAGCAUCAUCACCUGCUCUGCCGCGAGCUACGUCCUAACCUUCUGCCCCCGCUCCUGA